ACCGGCGCGGCACGGACCGUCCCGGCCGCAGGCGGCGCGGGUGAAGGGCGCGGCCCAACCAUGCAGCCGGAACGGGGCGGCAGCCGGCCCCGGAGGGAAGGUGGCCGGCACGGCCGGAGACGGCCCGGCGGCGCAGACAAGGCGGCCGAGUCGGCGACCGAAAGCGGCAGCGCGGACGGCCACGGCCGAGGAGGAACCGGGGGCCGCGGGAGAGGCGGCGCUCACGGACACCGAGGAGGCGGAGGCCGCGGGAAGCGAGAGGCUCGGGGCCGCGGGGCAGCGCCGCCACAGGCCGCGCGCGAGCACCGACUGGUAGAGGAUGAUGAUGAUACUGAAUCACGAGAGGAGGAAGAGGAAGUGAAAAACUACUCAAGGAGGAAGAUUGUUUCAAACUGGAACCGCUAUGAGGAUGCAGAAAAAGGGGGACAGGGAGAAUGUGGAGAAUCACAGAGAGGAACAGACUUCAGUGUUUUACUUAGUUCAGCAGGAGAUUCCUUUACACAAUUUCGAUUUGCUGAAGAGAAAGACUGGGAUACAGAAAACGUAUACUGUAAGCAGUUAUCUGCACUUUCUGUUGACUGCCAGUCCUUAGCCCAGGCCCUGCAGGAGUUGCCUCUACAUCUGAGGUUGAAUGUAGCUGCUGAACUUGUACAGGCAUCUACACCCAUAGAGCUACCACAGAUGAAAUCUAAAGUUGUUGAAGACAGCAAAAGGAGGGAGCUGUUUCGGCAGUCUUUGUCUCAGAGGGAAACGGUGUUGGUCUCCCGAUCUGUUGGUGAUUCUGCUGCUUCAUCGGAGCCUGGAACUAAAAGUGAUCCUGGGACAAGUGCAGCAGAACCAUUUCACAGAGCCCGUCUGCUAGAAAAGCAAGAGACUGACCAUUUGGAUGAAGAACUGGAUCGUCUCCUAAAUCUGGAUGCUCCCAUUGAUUCUGUGUCAGGUGCAUUAUCCUACAACAUAUCAACAGAGAAAGAUCUGAAAAUGGAAAGUAAGGAAAAUGACCCUCCAAGAGCAGAUGUGCCAGAACAGAGAAGUACAGCACCACAGCAAGAGCAGAAAACAUCCAAAAUUGUUACUGAGGAAGAGCUUGAAGACUGGCUAGACAGCAUGAUUUCCUGAAACCAAUUUUCCGUAUGUGAAUAAGUGAAUAUAGCUAAAAUCAAGUAGAAAGUGGAACCCUCCUUUAGCUGUUCUUUAUUUCAUUUAUUUGUUUCACUUGCCUGCAAAUAAAACCAGGCACCUGAAAUUCUGUGCCACCAAAAUUUGAUUAGGUAUGAUUGAUUAAGUAAUGUUUAAGACUGUGUAACAGUCUUAAAGAGGCCUAACAUUUAUGAUUAAGUUGGGAUUUGUUUUUUUUUUUGCUUAAAAUGUAGGCUGCAGCAAACUGCCAGAGUUGUUGUUCCAGCUUGUACUUGAUACAUGCAGUCCUUAAAAUAAAGCAAUGAAUGCACAACAAAUACAUGUUUUUAAUCAGCUUCAGCACGCCACAUUUCUGUAUUGCAAAAAAAAUCAGAAAGAAAUCAAAAAGGCAGUAUUUGGUUUAUAAUAUUUUAUUGCAGUGGGCACUUUCUACGAGAAGAAAAAUAAAUGCAUAAACCUUGCAGCUUCUAUUUGCAGGUGACAGUAGAGCAUUGUUUUAUUUUGGCCUGUGAUUUAAACUGUAUUCAUUUUGAUACAGGGUGUGUCUUGUAACAGCAGCAUCUAAUAAGCUGUUAUUGAAGGUUGUAUACAAACUUUGAGUGCAAUUUCAUACAGAAGGACAGAGAAGCAAUACAGUCAAUGGAUCUGUUCACCUAGAACACUAACAAAAAGUUUGCAUAGCUAUGUCUACGGAGGUUUUAAGGCACUUCAUGAUUCAAGGUCAACAAAGUGUUUGAAAAUGUUUCCUUUUAUCUGCUUAAAGCUUUUCAAGCUGUGUCUUAAUAUACUGACUAGCAAAUAUUGUGGGGCAAAAAUGGGACAGCACUUGAAGUACUUUUUCUGAGGCAUGGCCUCUGAUGUUCAAGUUCUUAAACAUCAAAUGUUGUACAGGUAAGACAUCUUUUAGCCCUUUCACUCUUACCGAACACUAGGUUAAGUGGUGUAGUUAAAAAGUUAUAAUAUCAGAGCAUGUUUAAAUUGGAAGGUUCGAUUUGAUAUUGGCAUAGAUUUUUCUUUUCAAAUUACAAUUCCAGCAGAAGACCAGUUUUGUACGGGGAACGUAUAAAAAGCCUAUGAAAUUGUUUCAAAUUUUAUGUAUGUCUUUAAGUUUAAAGACAUUUAAAGCAAAUACAGGCUGAGAAUUUACAUCAUGAAAAGGAAAGAAGUUUAUAUACUGGAUCUUUUGUUAUAUUAGCCAAGUUGAUCCUCAUACUGUUUCCGGAAGCAGUCUCCUGCUGGAAAGAAAUCCCAGCAUCUUUCUUGGUACAUCUUCCACACGAAUGACUCCUGAAAAUGAUAAAGAACACUUAUUUUAAGAUUUAUAUUUGGCAUUUAUUUUUAACAUUUAUUUUAACUCCUUACAGCCAGUGCUCUAAAUUGUAACAGUAAGCAGUUACUGUGCUUAAUUUAAAAAAGUCAAAAAAGUGCAGGUAAGUGAAAACUAAUCAGUCCAAUUCUAUCAGAGUAAACCUCUAUAAUCUGCAUUGCAAAAUGUGUUUUAGUUUCCUUGGAAAACCACUGAAUUAUAAGGUACUUUCACAGUAUUGGUGCAACAUCUUAUUUUAAAUAAGGAAAAUAAAGAAGAUUUAAUUAUAUCUUAUUUCCAUUUAGGAUCUAAUAACACUGAACUUAUGAACAUAUGUUCAUAUACUGUCCGUAUAUACAUAUAAAUAUAUAUAUAAAUAUAUAUAUGGGUAUAGACUAUAAAUACAGUAAUGUAACUACUGAAGGCUGUCUUCUCCAGGCACACUACAGUAGUGCUGGAUAGUGCACCUGUCCUUUUUUCUCGCUCAAAAAUCUCAGGAGUGGAUAUUUGUCUCCACUGGUGGUACAUCAGUUCCACCUGGUGGUACGUCAAGCUACAAGGCUGGAGAAGGAAGAUGCAGCUUUUCAAGACAAAUAUUUAGCUUUUUUUUUUUUUUUUCCGACUCACCUGGCCAGUAUGCUCAGUCUCAUCCUUGUUUAUGAGGUACAUUAAGAAGAACCUGAAACAAGUGCAUGGAACAGGUAUUAACGCAGGAUGUAUAAUCUCUCCCCUAACCUUUCCUAGAGUGGGAUUUGAUGUUUAUGGUGGCAACCAGCAAAGAAAUGACGUUCCUAGGCUUCUAGGAUGUUUUAAAGAAGAAAAUGCAAUCCUUGGAGACUUCUGUGAAAUUGCUAACAGCUGUAGGAUCUGUAGAAGUGGAAAAAUAUAUUUCAGCAGUUUUUUCAUUUCAGUGCUGAUCAGUAGUAACACCUGACUUGGGCCUACAUAUAUAGCUCUUUUAUGCUCAAAUUCUGUCAUGUUGGAAGAAGUUCUUACAGAAUUUAUGCAAGAAGUAUGAUAGGUUAUGAACUUGUAGAUGGUAGAUGGCUUGGAAAUCUUGGUGCAACCAAGUAGAACCUAUCUUAUCUUAGGUACCACUUGUGUCAAAUGUACAAAAUUGAAGUAAUUGGAAAGGCUGUAGAGUACUAACACUUGGUCUGUUUUAUGUGACAGUGCUCUUGGAUAGCUGGUUUUUGAUGUAAUGCAUUGGGAGUUAAACUUAAUAUGUUUUCAUUUUAAAAAGGAAAAUAUACUAACUUCUAAAACCUUUUUUUUUCUAAUUAAAAAGCAACCUGCAUAGAAAGAUUAUUCUCCAUAUGUUCUAAUAUUAAGAAAAUGACAAUUUUUAAUUUACAGUGAAUGACAGGAUCCCACAUGCCAAUUAAGUGAUGCAAUGUAGUAAGAGAAGCUUGGAGGCUGUAGAUUGGUAAAAACUAUGGAUAGAGAAGAAAACCUGACUCACGUAAGUAAUGUGUAUUGAUUCUACAGAGUCAGUUACUGCGCAAGGAAUAAUGCAACAUAUAUACUAAGAGGCACUGUUGUUUUGUUUUUUUUUAAGCUCAGAUACAGUGUUGUAUUCCAAAGCCAGCCUUUAAAAGAAGGACCAACCAGUUCGGCCUCCUUGGUCCAAGAUGGUCAUGUAGUUAUCAUUUUUGUCAGGGUGACUAAUGCCACCAAAUUCCCUUUUCAGUAACCCUCUUUGAUCUGCUCUACACUCACUAAUGAAAGUAUGAAACCACUGUCUUAGAAGUCUUGGCUAUAGACUGAAUGUGUACUAGUGCCAGUUGUUUAGUGGUUUCAGAAAACUGCUGGUAAGAAACUACAGGAUCAGAUUUGUACAUUAUUUUUUGUAGCUUAUUUUCCAGAAAUGCAUUUUUUCAUGAUUAUUUUGAAUAUAACUCAUAGAAAUCAAACCAAACCAAAGACCUUCCUUCUGCUACCAUAAGCUCUUGUAGAUGCACUCAGAGGCACUGGAGGCAAUGACAAGUAACAUUUUUAGAUCAGCAGUAACUUUCAGUGGUUUUAGUCUAGAAGACAGUUGUGACUUUCUUGGGAUUUGGUCAUACUGAUAAAACAAAGAACUUACUAGCUAGUAAACUGUUGUUCCUAAUCCUUUCCUAUAUGUGGCUUUCAUUACAGAGGAUUAAAGGAGAUAAAAGAGGCUGAUGUGCCUUCAGGCAUUGUUCCACUAAGCUAGCUCAUGUAGAGCAAGCACUUUAAAGAUAACCAACAGCUUAAAGUGUAUUAGGGAAAACCAGAAAGGAAUGGAAAUAUUCCUCUAUCUUAGGACACACAACUCCUAAAUUACUUUUGAGCUGAAAAAUCUCAUUAUAAUAAUUCUAAUAGUAAAAUAUACUUACAGGUAGUUUGCCAAGUUGUGUUCCUGCAGAGUAUGUGUUUCAAAGCCAUGUGGGGUUGUGUCAAAAUAGUCGUUGCCAAUUCCACAAAUAAAGCAUUUGGUCUGGAAACACAAUUUGUGUUUACAAAUCAAUUACAACUCAAAGAUUCAAUUAUAACUGUAAAAAUCUAGAUUAAUAAGACAAAUGAAAAAAUGUAAUGUUCCUCUCAUACCUCCAUAUCUUCUCUCACUUGUUCUUGCUGGUCUCUUAAUUCACCAAAAGCAUCAAUUAUAAGACCUAUUUCAAAUGGAUAGGUUGCAACAGUUAAGUACUUAGCAAUACUUCUCUUUCAAGUAGUGCAAAAAAAGUAGCUUUGGUAGACAUCCUCCUUUCUAUUUGAAGUUUGGCAUGCUUCUGUACAGGUUGAAUAAUUUGAUUUCAAAUGUAUCAAUUUGCAGACAUCUUGUAUUCAUUUAUACUGGACCCAGCAGUGAGAAUUUCUCAAUUUCUCUUACUUCCUCUUAAGGAAAAGCUUCCUUUUGUUGAGUAAAGAAGAAUUGGGUUCCACAAGACAGUCACCACCCUCCAAACAGUUUGUGAUGCUGCUUCACGUUUCAAGCAUUAUUCUUUCAUUUCCAGUGCAUUAAGAAUAAAGUUAGGUCAUUUGAGGUACUGCAACAUUUGUAAUAUCUAAAAAAAUACAGACCAUUUAUAUUUUUUCUUUGCCACUAGACUGCCUGAAAAAUGUUUGUUUUACAUUUUUUCCUUCCAACCGUAGGACAGUUUAUAGAAUGAGCGUUCAACACUGGCAGUCAAUCAGUAUAUGUCUCCUUCUCUGUAAGCCACAAUUGCAAACAAAUUAGAACUGAAAAUCAUCCUCUAAAGAAAUGAGAAAAUGGGUGCGUGGUCAUUGUGCCUUGUCAGAGAAAAAACCCAAGGUGAAUGACUAGCUCCAAACUAAUGCAGUGAAAAGAGUCUACAGUAAUGCUCUCCAAAUUUAAAUGGUAUUCUUAGCAGGAAGAGCAAUCCUCCACAAACGGUGUCAUUGCUUGUCAUAAAUGCUAUAAUCAAGGUAAGUUAUGUUUCUAGUACUUUGUGUAAUAUUUGGUAGAAUGCAUUAUUUGUAAAUUAAGUUUAUAAUUAUAACUUUCAGAAUUAGUGACUUUAUAAGCUCAGAAAUAAGCCUUUGAAGCAAUUCUGCAUAAUUACGUCAAACAUAAAUGUUAUUUAAAUGCACUCAGAAUUUACGUACACUAAAUUCUAACUAUUUCUGUUAUCAUAAGUGAAAGUACCUUGAAUAAUGGCCAGUAGGAUAACAAUGACAAAGAAGAAAAAUGUGAUGUCGAAGACAAUUCGAUAAAUUUCAUAAGGGUCUCCAGCAGGAUCCUCAAUUUCAUCCCCAAUGCCACCACCAGAUCUUACACCCACAUACAUGUGGAAUAGGUAACACUAAAAAAAAAAAGUGAGAAAUUUUAUUUAUCAUGAAUUAUUUUGCCCUACUAAAAGUUACAGAAACAGAAGAUGUAAUAUCGUUCCUCAUGUAUCGCCUGCUGAACCAAAAAUCUCUUAACAUCUUAACUAGUGUGGCUACAUCCUCAAGUAAACUUACAAAGAGGUAGGAGUCAGCAUCAAGUAUAUUACCCUCUUGUCAUUCCCUAUGUCUUAUAGAUUAAGAUCUCUUUCUUUUCUUUGGUACUGUUCAACAAUAUUAUACCCAUUACUAUUAAUUCCUAAGGCUCAGAUUUGCUCUGAGAGGGUGGAGGACUUCUCUUAAAGUCUUGUAAUGGAAUUCAGGAAAAACUGUUAUAAAAUGUUGUUAUAUUAUUCACAGCAGGUAGAUCUGUCUGUGCUUAAGUGGUUUUUGGAUAAUUUCAUUUGGCACUACUGGAUGUCAGUUUCAGUAUAUUGUACAUUAUUUAUGAUCUCAGAAACAGGCUCUGUUAUGUUUGAAGUGAAAGAAAUCACUUUAUAGAAAUGUUGCUGUGUGCUUUAUUUUCUAAACAUAGAAGACUUCAUGGGAUGAUCUUUAAAAAUGUGGAUAUUUAAACCACGUAAACAUUUUAGAAUCUAUCCAUCUAUGUAAUGCUUCUGUAUGAAUCAGCUACAGAAUUUUGUAAACCACCUUAAAAAAAACUGUGAAAAACAAUGAGAAUUUCUGAGACUAACUAGGGUUCUGAAGUCACAUUAGACAGCAGCUGUAGUGCUAAAUAAUUAUCAUGAAGUGAGACAUCUGGUCUUUCACGGGCAAACACAAACAAAGCUAUACAUCCUCUGUUAGAAUGCAGCUUUACUUUUUACACGACACCUUCGCUAUUUUAAUCACAGUUAAAUCAAUUUCAGAUUAUGUUUUUUAUCUCACUUGGCAAAGUGGUUUGAAAUGUGACAAAGUUUAAUGAUUCCUAUUAGUAGUACAUCCAUUUUGUGACCAGAACAUUAUAUUCAAUCCACAGAGGGAUCAUUUCAAACAAUAUCACUAAGUUUUCGUACUUCGUAUCAUUUGUACAUGUGACUUACAGUGACUGUUUGAUUGAAAGUUCCAGAACAGGGAAAAUCAUUAGUUGAAAUCUAUUGCAAACCUCUAUUCUGAGGUAUAACUCACUAUUUUUGCACUUAAAGCAGGCAGCGAGUAUUCCAUGAAGGAAAUGAGGUGUCCACAAACUCAUUAGGUUCAGUUUCCUGAAAUUAUGCCACGUUUCUUUACAAAAAGAUCUGUAGAAUAGCUUUUCUUAUGACAGAAAAUUGUUGUUGGUUUCUGUUGCAAUCAGGUGGAAAUCAUAAGGAAAAUUAUUAAUGAUAGAUUAUCACUCCCUUUAAUACUCCCUUUUGAACUCCCCCUUGACUUCUUCAUGACUAAAUUACCAGCUGUAAACAGGCUGACACAGGAGUAGUGCUAACAUAUUUCAUGUAAGAAGAGCUUACAAAACUUUGGAUCAAACUGUUCUUUACGUAUGCUGCAGGAACACAGCUGCUUUUUGUAGGUCUGACCAAUUUGUCACAAAAUUUGUUCCAUGUGCUUUAAGCAUAUGCUGUCUCUACUGGGGAGUGAAGAGGGAAUUUUAAGACAGUAAACAUUUUCAAAAGAACUAUAUAGCAAGAAGAAGAGAUAGAUGGCUUUAACAAUGAAAACAUCCUUUUAUGUGAUAUUGGACUAGAUGAUCUUUUGAGAUGCUUUUUCAAUCCCUGAUGUUCUGUGAUUUCAUCUUAAUUAUCCAUGUAAGAAUUCAGAAUGAGAUUUGAAGCAUGCUAGUGAUGUUUUACUUACUGUCAUCAUGUCAUCGCAUUUCAUAUCUGGUUCAUCUUCAUCUUCACUUUUAUUGUAGAAUUUGCGGAAGAAGUUGAAUGCCACAACAGUGUAAAGAUACACUACUACAGCCAGGAGUCCUACAGUAAGCACCAGCUGUAUAGGGAGACAGGACAUGAACGUUUUUCUCUCUCAAUUUCCUGGAUGUUGCAGGAAACAAUGUUGAGUUGCAGCUGUCAGAUUGAUAACUGUGGAAGAGCUGACAGUCCUGCUGUUCUGCGGUGGAAAUGUUAACACAGUAUGACUUUGAACUCCAAAAUGAGCAAGUCAAAAAUAAGAAGAGGAACAAGGAACUAGGAAAGAUGGAUUGCCUUGGUGAGCUAGAAUAGUUUGUUUCAUUUGAUGUUCUUCAUAACCUCACAUAAAGAAAGCUUGCGGUUACACCCAAAAAUUCAAAUUAGAGACUGCUAGACGUAUUACUGCCUUUCUUCUCCCAGGCUAAUUCUUUGGCAUUACCCCCAAACAAAGGGUUUGAUUAGUGUAGACAAAAAAUUGGUUACCAUUUAAACAUAAAACCAAGGACUCUCAACUCUGAAUGGUUUAAAUGCUAUAGUAUUGCCUUAUUGCCUCGUAACACUCAAAUUACCUAUAGGUACCGAGGUGAGAACUAAGUACCCACACAGCUUCUUACUCACUGUGCCCCACUCCUAGUGGAACAGUAAGAGUGCAAGAAAACUUGUCUCCAGUCAAAAACAGUUUAAAGAGAAGAAAAACAAAGUGAUGUAAAGGCAGCCACUCCCCACUUUCCACAAGCAAAUCAAUGCUAAACAACAGCCACCUUGGAAAAGAAGUUCUUCUACCAAGCCCAGCUUUUCUUAUCGUGCAAAACAUUACAUGGUAUAAAACAGCUUCCUGGCCAGUUUGGGUUAGCUCUCCUGCCUUCCUCCCAGUGUCUGCUCACUCCCAGCAUAGUCACUGGGAGUCACAUGGAGUGGGUAACAAAGACAGAAUGUUCACAGAAUACAAGCGCUGCUCAGCAAUAACAAAAAGUUGGAUGCUACCAACAUUGUCUCAGACUCAAAUCCAAACACACACUGUGAUAUGUAAAAAGUUAAUUCUAUCCCUGCCAGACCUCGCAUGUGAGGAAAGCUUGGUGUCAUAGAAUGGUUUUGGUUGCAUCUACAUAUUAAUUUGAAAAGAAGUAGAUAAAAAACAGGUAUUUUAAUCUCAGCUCCAAAAAUCACUUUGGGACUACAUGCUUUACCAAAUGUAGAUUAGUAAUAAGAUUCAGAACUUGCCUUUAAGCAAUAGUAUCCAAUCACACAGACAAAGGAGAUGAUAGUAUGAAUAACUGCCAGUGCUCUGAGAGUGGGUGCCAUGUAACCUGUACUUUCUUCCAAAACAAAAAAUACCAUUCCUUCCUCCUCUUCCUCUUCUUCAAAAGAGUUCCAGAGAUUAGAGUCUUCUUCCACUUCAUCAAGUGGCUCUUCUGUCACCUAAGAGAAAUUUAAGCACAUUGAAUACACACAGUAAACUUAAAAGCUUUUCCUUUAUCAUACUGACAAAUCCCUAAGUUCUACCUAAUAACUGAUGUAUCUAAAGCCUGCCCUUGUGAAGCUAGUAGAUAAGACCAUUAGCUUUGAACAGUAACAUCAAUUCAUUUUCACAGCCGAAUUCUCUAUGUAAUCUCAUUUCACUGAAAAGAAAAUCUAGGAAAAGCAAGUACAGGUAUAUGACAAUUUGCAAUUAUCUGGCAAUAUCUGAUUCUAAAAUUAUGUACAAAGUAUUUCCUGGGGGAAAAAAAAUAACUGUAGUCAGUAGGACUUCUUAGAAAAUGGGAAAAUGUAAUAGCUGAUUAUAGUUAAGCCUCUCUGUAUCCUUAGAACAAAUGAGAUUUAAAAAAAGAA